AUGUGUGGCAGCCCGCCCGGCUUAACUCCUGUGGGUCCGGGUUUUGACUCCGGUGGGGCCCAAACCUGACUCUGUGGGGCCCGGUGAGUUGUGACUGCUGGCUGUGCGGGUUGAACCCCCAACCUAACUCUCAACAACUUGAACUGAAAGAAAAGAUGGAUGCUAUCUCCGAGACUCUGUUAACCCGGCUGAGAAAUCCGGGUUCAUUUCUUGCCGUUUCCGCCAGAUGACUUUGGAAUUCCGCGACAAUAGUCUUCCUUGAAAAUAACAAACGACCAUGGAUUCUGGAUGUGCCUGCUUCUUAACUGGCUUCCUUCGCCCGAUCCCGUUAGACUGUUAGUGAAGGUCCAACAAAUCGUUUUCACUUCCUCCCUCCUCCCUCCGAAGUCGACGAUGCAAUCUUUUCUCCAAUAUCGCCGGAUGCGAGCGUCAGUUAAAAGUGACCUCGCACACGUUCGCGUCAAGGCAGCCGGAACCAGUUCUCCAAACUCAUCAUCAUUGGAAACCAAGGAAGUCCCCGACGGCGAUGUUUCUCAGAGCAACGAUUUGGAGAAGGAUAAGACUUGGGCGAGCGCACUGGGGGUCAGGAUUUCUCGGCCCGCAGAAGAUGACGGGAGUGUGGCCUACUUGGUAGAUUGGAAGGAUGGGGACCCUCAGAACCCUCACAACUGGAAACGCUCCCAAAAGUGGGCGUGUACCUUUGCGGUAUGCCUGCUCACUCUGGCCAUCACCAUCCCGUCUUCCAUCGACGCCCCGGUGGCCGAAGCCUUCAACGACCACUUCGGCGUCUCCCCCAUGGCAGGAUCCAUGACUACGGGCAUGUAUCUGCUCGGGACCGGCUUUGGCGCCCUCUUCGCCGGUACUGUGUCGGAAACCUUCGGCCGCAAUGUCAUGUAUAUGACGACAUUUGUCGUUUUCAUGCUUUUCAUUCUGGCAAAGGCCAUGGCGCCCAACUUCGGCGGCGCAAUCGUCUUCCGCUUCCUGACGGGCUUUUUCGGCUCGACUCCCAUGACGGCCGCUGGCGGAACUAUUGCCGACAUGUGGAGCCCGCUCGAAAUGAUUUUCUGUGUUCCCGUCGGUGCCAUGACAUCGUAUGCCGGCCCGAUCGUCGGCCCUAUCCUUGGGGCUUAUCUUCCCCAGAUCGGCUUCCGCUGGGCCGACUGGCUCGCUCUCAUUAUCGCUGGCGCCGUGCUGGCAUACGUCUUUCUGUUCCAGCCCGAGACAUACCGACCGAUUCUUCUGGAGUGGAAGGCUAAACACCUGCGCGAUCUCACGGGCGACGCACGAUAUCGGGUCGAGGAGCACGCCGCCACAAGCACCUUGGCUAAGAGGCUUCUAGUCAACCUGUACCGGCCCUUCGUCAUGACCUACACGGAGCCGAUUAUCCUGAUUUUCACCUUCUAUCUGACCGUCAUCUACUUCGUCUUGUUCGCCUUCCUCAAUGGAUACCCAUUUAUCUUCGAGCAGACCUAUGGCAUUUCCCAUUCCAUGACCUUCAUCCUCUGGGUUGCUCUCCUCGUCGGCGAUCUUGCCGCCCUCCCUCUUAUCCCAUUGAUCUACGGCUGGGCAAAGAAGGCCGCUGUGAAGGGAACUUUGACGCCCGAGUUGUGCCUGUGGUACGGAAUGCUGGGCGGCUCCAUCAUGUUGCCCAUCUCGCUGUGGUGGCUGGCUUGGACCUGCUACUCUGACAUCAGCAUCUGGGUGCCCAUCGUGGGCUCGGCCUUUUUCGGCUACGGCUUGGUCACCAUUUUCACCACCACCUUCCUGUACACCGUCUUCGUCUACGGUGUCCACUCGGCGUCCGCCCUCGCCUUCAUGACCUGCGUCCGCUACAUCAUUGCGGGAGCCCUAGUCCCCGCGUCGAUUCCCAUGUAUCAGAACUUAGGGCCGCACAAGGCACUAACGAUCCCGGCCGCUCUCGCCACGGUAUUGGCUCCCGUGCCGUUUCUCUUGUACAAGUAUGGUGCCAGGAUUAGGGGCGCGAGCAAGAAUGCGAUGCGUCACUGAGGCGGAUAUCAGGGAGACGGAAAAUGACAAAGGAACGUGGAGGAUUUAAUUGCCGCUCUCUCUCCUCGCCCUCAAGGAGAUUACUGUGUAAUAGCUCAAGAAACGGAAAUACCCCAGGCCAAGACGCUUGUCAGCGAGGUUGUCC